AUGGCGACAAUGUGGGAUGAACUCUACAGAUACAAACCUAUUCCGGUGUGUACUUGCGGUGCUUCAGCCAAGUUCGCUAAAGAAAGAGAGGAGGAGAAAUUACAACAGUUUGUCAUGGGUCUCGAUGAAUCACGGUUCGCAAACGUGAUCACUUCAAUCAUCGAUGCAGACCCCCCUCCAGAACUGGAACAAGUGUAUUCUCGAGUUAUAAGAGAAGAGCAAAGACUCACUUCUGCAAACUCACGAGAAUCGACAGAUGCUAUUGGCUUCGCUACACGAGGUGAUGUUACUGGUUCUGAACUAUGCGUUGAUCCCGUUGGGAGUAAAAACAGAGACCGGUUACUCUGUUCUCACUGUGGUCGCUCGGGACAUGAGAAAGCUUUCUGCUGGAAACUAACAGGGUAUCCUGAAUGGGUCACCGAGCGAAGCGCUCGUAAUGGUGGAAGAGGAAGCAGUCGCGGUUGUCGUGGCAGCUCGGGGUCAGCUACUGGUCGUGGAAAAGCUUUAGCGAAUGUAGCUCAUGCGACUUUGUCUCAUUCCUCCGUCUUUCCAGAACUCACCACUGAUCAAUGGAAGGCAAUCAGUUUGCUUGCUCAAGAAAAAACAGAGUAUGCAACAAAAGACAAACUUUCGGGUAAGUUCUCAGGAGAUAUUAUCAUCGACACUGGCGCUUCUCAUCACAUGACAGGGGAUCUAUCUCUGCUUGUUGAUCUUGUUGACACAUCUCCGUGUAUAGUAGGAUUCGCGGAUGGAAGUAAAACGUACUCUGUCUGUAUGGGAGUAUUGCCUAUCACUGAUACAGUUUCGCUUAUAAACGACCGUUUCACGAGGAGCCUGAUUGGAGCCGGUGAAGAACGAGAUGGAGUGUAUUAUCUAACGGAUGUAGCAACACAACAAGGCAUCAUCCAUCAGACAUCUUGUGUUGGAACACCACAGCAGAAUGGUCAUGUGGAACGGAAACACAGACACAUUCUAAAUGUGGCCCGGUAUCCUUUUGGGAAGAAAGGGUGGAAAGUGUAUGAUCUAGACACUGGAGAUUUUUUGGUUUCACGUGAUGUCAUAUUUCGCGAAAACGAGUUUCCAUACCAAAAAGAAAGAGAUGACGAUAUUCAGAACUCAUUCGAUCAACUUAAUGUGGCCGAUGAUGACUGGAUUUUUCAUCCAGACAUUCCAGAUACGAGGGACAGGGGGAGUACACACGAUAAUGCCGAUGACUCUCCUCCACUUGAGCAAGUCGAUGUUCCCUCUCCACCUGCACAAGUUGAUAAUUCAUCAGCGGCUCCUAGUCCUGUUUUUGUCAUUAAUGAGAAGGAUACUUCUCCUGCUGAGACAACUAUUAUACUACUGUCUGGUGAUUUAGCGAUUCUUCCUGAUGAUGGGUCUCAUGACGUUACGGCUGAAAAUCUUACAUCAACUGCUAAAGUUGUUGCUGUCUCUGGCUCUCCUCUGGUUGAAACCUUAAACCGUAGCCAACGAUCAAGACAACCGCCCAAGAAACUCAAUGAUUAUAUGCUCUACAACGUCCGCUGCAUUGAUAAUACACUUCCUGAUCCCGCUCUCACCGACUCAUCAGACUCGUCCUUUACGGUCUCAGGUAACACUCCUUACCUACUUGAACAUUACAUGUCUGAUGCUGUGUUCUCCCCAGGACAUCAAGCAUUCUUGGCCGCAAUUCUAGCAGGAGCCGAACCUAAGAGUUACAAAGAAGUAUUACAGGCCAAGAUAUGGCGAAAUGCUAUGGUUGCUGAAGUUGAUGCUUUCGAGGAAAAUAAAACUUUCAGCAUAGUUGAUCUUCCUGAAGGUAAAGAAGCUCUUGGAAAUCAAUGGUUUUUUAAGUACAAAUACCUAGCUGAUGGCACGAUAGAACGUCCUAAAGCACAGUUGGUUGUACUCGGUAAUCAUCAAGUAGAGGGAGAGGAUUUUGCAGAAACAUUUGCACCGGUUGCAAAGGUCACUACCGUUCGUGCACUUCUAAAAAUUAUUGCGGUUAAUAAAUGGGAAGUACAUCAAAUGGAUGUACAUAAUGUGUUUUUACAUGGAGAUCUUGAGGAAGAGGUUUAUAUGAAACUCCCAUUGGGAUUUCGUCAUUCUCAGCCAAAUAAAGUAUGUCGUCUGCACAAGUCUUUAUAUGGUCUCAAACAAGCUCCACGUUGUUGGUUUGAAAAGCUAACGACAGCUUUAAAAGAGUUCGGGUUCAUACAAUCUUACUCUGAUUACUCGCUAUUUAUUUACACCCGUGGGCAGAUUGAAAUGCGAGUUCUCGUCUACGUUGACGAUUUAUUGAUUUGCGGUAAUGAUACUUCUUCGUUAAGCUCUUUCAAAGAAUACUUGGGAACAUGUUUCCACGUGAAAGACCUCGGAAAAUUGAAAUAUUUCCUCGGUUUGGAAGUAGCUCGCAACGAUGAAGGUAUUUUUUUGUCCCAGCAAAAAUAUGCACUGGAGAUUGUUAAAGACACGGGGAUGCUUGGGUCCAAACCUGUCUACUUUCCCAUGGAGCAGCAACACGGUCUCGCAAAAGACAAGAGCCCUUUCUCGGUCAAUCCAGUUCGCUAUAGAAGCCUAGUUGGGAGACUUAUUUAUCUCCUCAUCACCCGAUCAGAUCUUUCAUACUCGGUGCAUACUCUUUCACAAUUCAUGCAGGCACCACGUGAGGCUCAUUGGGAAGCUACUCUACGCAUUGUCCGUUUUCUUAAGUGCACUGCUGGUCAGGGGAUCAUGUUUCGCGCCGACACAGACUUGACUCUGACUGCGUAUUGCGACUCUGACUGGAACUCGUGUCCUUUGUCAAGACGAUCAUUGACUGGAUAUGUCACGUUUCUUGGUGGUUCUCCUAUAUCAUGGAAAUCAAAAAAGCAAGACAAGGUUUCUCGUUCGUCGGCUGAAGCCGAGUAUCGCGCUAUGAGACACACUUUGGAUGAGAUAUUAUGGCUUAUACAACUGCUCAAAGAACUUCGUUUCCCGCACACAACCCCUGUUCAUCUCUUUUGCGACAAUCAAGCAGCUAUAUACAUCGCAGCAAAUCCGGUAUUUCAUGAAAGAACAAAGCAUGUAGAAUCUGAUUGUCAUGCGGUUAGAGAUGCAGUUCUUGAUGGAACAAUCGCAAAACCUCACGUCCGCACUCAUGAACAGCUGGCUGAUCUUCUAACAAAGGCUUUAGGGAGACAACAAUUUGAGCGUUUAGUGUCCAAGUUGAGCAUUCUCAAUCUUCAUGCUCCAACUUGA